AUGACAGAGCAAGUCAAAGCAGAUGUUCAUAAUCAGAAUGGAACCAAAAAGAGAAAAAGAAGGAGAAAUAAAGGAAAGCAGGAGCCUGAACCAGACAUUGUCAAGCCAGAGCCAGAAAAAGUUGUUCAAGAUGGCCGAGAUGAGCUUGAACAAAUCAAGAGACAGAAUAAGAAGUUGAAAUUUGAUUCUGAGCCAGUUAAUGGGAGUAUAGAAGUCAUUAAGGAGACCCUUAACAGUGAGCAACCAGACCAACAAGAAGAACAGGAGGAAGAGAACAAACCAAACGGAGUAGUGGAUAAGAAGCAUCAUCAUCAUGAGUCUAAAGAAGAGCAUAAACAUAAACAUAAGCACAAACACAAACAUGGCGAGAAGGAACACAAGCACCACCAUAAGCAUGAGGAAAAGCAUAAGCACAAACACCACCAUAACAAAACAGUCAAAUUCCAUGACAAAGAAGACACCAACCCUGAUUCCGAUGACGACCCAUACACCAACACCAAAUUCACCAUCCCCUCCGACCACCAAUCCCAAGCACUCUCUCAACGUGCCACCGAACUCUUAGAAAUCAGGAAAUCCUUACCCAUCUACCAACAUCGAUCCAAAAUAACCCAAUACAUCAACAACAACCAAGUCACCAUCAUUAUUGGGGAGACGGGGUCUGGUAAAUCCACCCAAAUCCCACAAUUCUUGAUGGAUUCCCUUAAACCAGGCCAGAUGAUUGGGGUUACCCAGCCGAGAAGGGUCGCAGCCGCGUCCUUAGCUUCGAGAGUCAGUGAAGAAUAUGGAUGUAAAUUGGGACAUGAGGUGGGAUAUCAGGUUCGAUUUACGAAUAUGACCCAUCACAGAACGACAAAGUUGAAAUAUUUGACUGAUGGGAUGUUGUUGAGGGAGAUUAUGUUGGAAAAUCGAUUACUGAAAUAUGGGAUUAUUAUAUUGGAUGAAGCUCAUGAGAGGACGAUAUUGACGGAUUUGAUUAUGGGGUUUUUGAAGAGUUUGAUUGAGAGUGGGGAGAGGAAAGAUGAUUUAAAGAUUGUGGUUAUGUCUGCGACAUUGAAUGCGGAGUUGUUUAGUGGGUUUUUUAAUAAUGCUCCGGUAUUAUAUGUUGAGGGGAAGAUGUAUCCUGUGACACAGUUGUAUUUAACAGGAGAAGAUAGUCAGGAUAUUGUGGAUACGAUGAUCCGAACGGUGAUUCAAGUGAAUUUAAAUGAACCAGAAGGGGAUAUUCUAUGUUUCUUAGCCGGUCAAGAAGAAAUCGAUAAUUGUGUGAAUGUAUUAACUACAAUCUCACCCCAACUCCCCAAACAAGCACCGAUUAUCGUCCCCUUACCACUCUAUGCCGCAUUAUCUCCCUCUCAACAACUGAAAAUCUUUGAAAAACUCCCUCCUCGUAGAAGAAAAGUCAUCCUAGCAACCAAUAUCGCCGAAACCUCGAUCACCGUCCCUGGUGUCAAAUACGUCAUCGAUUCCGGAUUACGAAAAGUCAAAGUCUGGAAACACAAUCUCGGGCUUUCCACAUUAUUAACCACCCCAAUCUCGCAAGCUUCAGCGAGACAAAGAGCAGGGCGUGCCGGUAGAGAAUCUCCAGGGAAAGUAUUCCGUCUCUAUCCCGAAUCAAUCUAUUCCACGCUUCCGAAACAACAAGAAUCCGAAAUAAAACGAAAUGAUAUCAUAUUACCAAUCCUAACAUUGAAAAAAUUGGGAAUUGAUGAUUUAUUGAAUUGGACCUGGUUAGAAUUCCCCGGUCAAGAGGCGAUAUUGUCAGCCUUGAAUAGUUUAUAUAUGUUGGGAGCGUUGGAUGAUGGUGGGAAGAUUACGAGAUUGGGAUAUAAGAUGUCGAUCUUACCGCUUCAGCCACAAUUAUCGGUUGUGUUAUUAACUGCGAGUGAAUGGGGGGUAUUGGGACCAGUGGUGGAUAUUGUGAGUUGUUUGUCGGUUGAUAAUUUGAUCCUAAAUGUGACGGGGGAGUCGAGGGAUGAUGUUAAUUUUAAGAGAAGGGGAUAUUGUCCCUUGGGUGGGAAGUAUGGUGAUUUGAUUGCUGUGUAUGAGUAUUUCCAGAAUUUUAAGGAGUUGUAUGAUGGGAAUGUGAGUGAGUGUAAGGAAUGGUGUAGUGAUUUGUGGUUUAGUUUCAAGGGGUUUAAGAAUGUUAUUAAGGUGAGGAAUCAAUUGAAGGAUUAUAUGUUGUCGACAAUUAGGCAAGAUGAUAGUUUGAGUUCUGAAGAACGUGAAGUUGAAUUGACAAAAUUGAGAGCACAAUUUGCUGACAAGCAUGAAGAGGAUGACGAUGAUGAGGUUGACGUGAAGGGGUCGUUGAAUAUUCCGGCUAUUUUGAAAUCAUUCUUAAAAGGAUAUAUCACCAAUACAGCCGUUGGAAUGCCAGAUAGAUCAUUUAGAACUUUUAAUACCGGACAACUAAUUAGUAUUCAUCCUUCAUCUAAUUUAUUUGGAAAAGCAAACUUAGAUGCAAUCAUGUAUAUUGAAUAUGUUUAUACUAUGAAAGGAUAUGCUAGGAAUUGUUCAGCAAUUGAAUUAUCUUGGUUACAAGAAAUUGCACCUCAUAUUAUUGGAGGUAAUAAAAUUAACGUUAAUGAAUAA